GAGAUGGAAGUGCCCACCAUCUCUGCAACUCUGAAGCCUGCUCCUAUUCACAACCAAGAGUCUUUGGACCCUAACAUUGUCAUUGCCUUACUUGAAAUUGGAUCACUUCCCCCCAUCUCCUGGAGUUCUCUUCUUUCCCUAAAUAAUAGUUGCCAACAAGAAACUGAACAACAGACUGCAAAGACGUUUGAAAACCUCUUAAAAGAAAUUAGAGAUAUUCUUAAAUAUAGGACAAGUUAUGAAGAGAAGACCACAGAGGCAAAAGAACCUUUUGAGGAAACCAAUAUCUCUGAGGAUGUGUCAGAACUGAAAGAAGAAAUCAGAGGACUUGAUAAAAUUAAUAAAGCGCCAUUAAAAAACCAGGUUGGUGGUUCAGACCUAGACGAAGAGCACAGUGCAAAGAAACAGACAACGAUUUUGGAAAGCCAGAACUCAAAGGACACAGUACAAGGUUUUGCAAGGAAUUUGGUAAGUCAUUCUAAAAAAAGAAGAGCUUGGAGUGAAACUCAACUAAGUAAGGAAAAAGCAGAGUAUGGAUUUCAUCAUGUUCAAGAAGGAAAUAUUAAACUUAGGAACAACAUGGAGCAGCUACUACAGGAAGCAGAACGCUGGAGUGUGCAACAUACAGAGCUUAGUGACCUAAUGAAAUUAUAUCAGAAAUCUCAGACAGAUGUAAGAGUAACUCUUGAAAAUCAUGGAGUCCAUUUCCAAACUCAUCCGAAUAAUGAGGUGUCAGCUAGUCAUGAGCUGGAGGCACAGGUGAGGAAACUGAACCAUGACAUGUAUUCAUUGCAUUUGAUUGCAGCUUUGUUGGAUAAUGAAUGCCAGUUCUUACAGAAGAGAGUAGAGCUUCUCAACGAUCUCCAUCAUCACAAAGACAGAACUGUGCUAGAGGAGCCAAUUCAGAUAAACUAUGAACAGGACAAGAAAGAGCAGAAGCUAUCAGAAGCAGAGAAGAUAGAAAGAUGUAAGCAGAAAAUGCAAGAAAUGGAGGGGACAUUUCAGAAAAGAGACACAUUCUACAGAAGCCUGGAUGCUUGUCGUAAUAAGAAAGUUCGUAAGAACAAGUUUAAUACUCAUAUUGCAAGAAGAGUUCUUUUGAGAAGAAAGAGGCCAGCCAGUGCCUAA